CAGCAGGGUCACACUCCCCGUAAAAUCAUAUGAUCGAUUUGCAGUGAAAAUUUUCAGACGUCGGGCAGAAGGCAAAGCACGGUCGAACGUGGAUUUCUUCGAAACACUUGAAUUUCUUUCGGUUUUGUGCAAGUGAAAAAAAGCAGUCAAGAUGGCAUUGAGCGAUGCUGAUGUACAGAAACAGAUCAAACACAUGAUGGCGUUCAUUGAGCAGGAGGCCAAUGAGAAAGCCGAAGAGAUCGACGCCAAGGCCGAGGAGGAGUUCAACAUCGAGAAGGGACGCCUUGUCCAGCAGCAGCGUCUCAAGAUCAUGGAGUACUACGAGAAGAAGGAGAAACAGGUGGAGCUCCAAAAGAAGAUCCAGUCCUCCAACAUGCUCAACCAGGCUCGCCUGAAGGUGCUGAAGGUGCGCGAGGACCAUGUGAGCAGCGUGCUGGAUGAUGCCCGCAAGCGUCUCGGCGAGGUCACCAAGAACCAGUCCGAAUACCAGACCGUGCUGACCAAGCUCAUCGUCCAGGGACUGUUCCAAGUUAUGGAGCCCAAGGUGAUUCUGCGCUGCCGCGAGGUCGAUGUCCCCCUGGUGCGCGACGUCCUGCCCAAAGCCGCUGAGUCGUACAAGGCCCAGAUAAACCAGAACGUCGAUCUGGUCAUCGACGAGAAAGACUUCCUCUCUGCUGAUACCUGCGGCGGUGUUGAGCUGCUGGCCCUCAACGGACGCAUCAAGGUCCCCAACACUCUGGAAUCCAGAUUAGAGCUGAUUUCCCAGCAGCUGGUGCCCGAGAUUCGUAACGCCCUGUUCGGCCGCAACGUCAAUCGUAAAUUCACCGAUUAAAUUGUUAAGUGCAACACAAAAUCCAACAGAGUAACCAGAUAGAAGAGAACCAGCCAGCAUCAACACCUAUUCAGCAGGAACAGUUCAAGUUAUUACCAACCACCCACUAAAUAUUGAACCGAAAAGUAAACUCAUUCUUUGGCAGAGUCGGCAACAGCAGCUAGGGUUAUAUUCGAUUCAAAACACUUUGCCGUUCCUUGUCUUUGUAAUAUCUACUAUUCACACAAAACUCAUAUAUAUGGUCCGAUAUAUAUAUGGUGUAUGCCAAUACUUACUAUAUAGUUUAGAGGACACGAUCCUGGGAGCAGCAUACAAAAGCAUAAUACGAGUUUGUUAAAGUUUGUUCGUUUUUUUUACAUCUACAUAUACGCAUAUUUCUGAGCAGUAGGUCUUCAGGCAUGUGCUUUUAAUUGUAUACAUACACUUUAAAAUUUGCAUACAUUCCUGUCCCAAGAAUUUUGUUUUCUACUUUUUUGCACCCCUUCCAAUGCGUUAUCUUUUUUGUAAAUUAAUUUCUGUCGUCUGUAGUCUUUGUUGAACUCUUACAUAUACAUAUAUCUUUGUGUCGUUUGUGUUUGUAAUUAUCGUGUUGUGCAGCGGUUAGGAGGAGCAGGAGCAUCGGCAGCGUAAUAGUAACCCAUUCUUCGUGCCGCUGGCAGCCUGUGCACGCGCCCAUUCAGCAUUGUUGCCCGCCGGAGCACCGAAAUGGACACCACCACAAUGUGACUGAUUUCGCUGCUUCGAGGGCAACGGACGCGUGUGCAGCUGACACCUGGCACCAUAAUAUCCCCGAAGAUCAUCAAUGUCUGUUGUUGAGCGAGCGAAAAAACGAAUACACACCCGCACGCACCACAUAAAAAGCCAUCAUCAUAGCCACAAUCGCAUCCACGACGUUGAAGUAUUGCCAAGCGGCCGGCUCAAGUAGCUAAAUUUGUUGACCUCAAGUUCAGCUUCCGUAUAAAUACUUUACACAAAAUAUUAAAAAUGAAAAGAAAAAAAAAGAAAAUGGAAAUUAGUAUGACUCAAUUUAUGGGGUGCCGAGAAACUGCCUUCGCUUCCUGCCUUCCUUCGCUGCACCAUCAUAUCCAGAUCUAAAACUACAGCUAUUGAUCCUUGUAUUUAAAUGUUCAUAGUGUAUUCUUCAGGCUCAUUUCUAAUCAACGUUACCAAGUAAAUUGAAUUGUUCAAAAAUAUGAUGAAUAACUACAGAUUUAGCAAGCAAAUACAAAAAUAGCAUAUGCGUUAUUAUAUAACAUCGAGUACUAUAUACAUUACAUGAAA